GGAUGACGCUUUUAUUCUGAAGAACCCAGAGCGGAAGUGCUGUUGCCGCUCAGGAAGCAGAGCGUGUCAGUCAACACGUUAGUUAGUCAGCUAGAAGUUGUAGAGAGGAAACUCCUGUUAACCCUCCUGAAAACAGACAACAUGGACCAGGUCUCCCUCGACAGUUUGAUCCUGAAGCUCCACGAUGUGGACGCGGUGAAGUUCGGAGAGUACAAGAUGAAGAGCGGCAUCAUGACACCCAUCUACAUCGACCUGAGGGUGCUGGUCUCACACCCGGUGCUCAUGAACCAGGUGUCAACUCUCAUCUACCAGCGAGUGCUGGAAGAGGAGCUCCAGUUUGACUCAGUGUGUGGGGUUCCUUACACAGCCCUGCCUAUGGCCACCAUCAUCUGCUCCAGACAUGAACUGCCGAUGCUCAUCAGGCGGAAGGAGGCCAAGGACUAUGGAACCAAGCGUAUGGUGGAGGGCUCGUUUCGGGAGGGGGACACAUGUCUGAUCAUUGAGGACACGGUGACCAGCGGCAGCAGCAUCCUGGAGACGGCUGAGGUGCUCUACAAAGGGGGACUGAAGGUGACAGAUGCCGUAGUACUAAUGGACAGAGAGCAAGGUGGUUUAAAUAUGUUGGCUUCUCAGGGGAUCCGCCUCCAUCCCAUCAUCUCCAUGUCCGAGCUGCUCAACGUGCUGCUGGCAGCCGAACGCAUCGACGCCAAUACAGCCCAGAGCGUCCGCAAGUUCAUCCAGGACAACAACACUUUCAGCCCCAAGGACGGGAAUGGCAACGGGGUUCCUGCCACCAAGAAGCCAUGUGUGGAGCAGGACGUGGAGCUGAGCUAUGCAGACAGAGCCAAACUUCCAAACGUCCACCCUCUGGCGUCAAAGCUGCUGACGACCAUGGAGGAGAAGCAGUCUAACCUCUGCGUGUCCGCCGAUGUGACGAGCAGCGAGGAGCUCCUCCAGCUGGCCGACUCUCUCGGCCCCAACAUCUGCAUGCUGAAGACCCACGUAGACAUCCUAAAGGACUACACAGUGGCCUUCAGCCAGAAACUGCAGGCUUUGGCUGAGAAACACAACUUCCUCAUCUUUGAAGAUCGCAAGUUUGCUGACAUUGGGAACACAGUCAAGCAUCAGUAUGAAGGUGGUUUGUACCAGAUCUCAUCAUGGUCCCACAUAGUGAAUGCCCAUGUGGUGCCGGGGCCCGGGGUGGUGAAGGGCCUCAGUGCUGUAGGAAAGCCUCUGGGCCGAGGCUGUUUGCUCAUAGCACAGAUGAGCUCCCAGGGGUCACUGGCUACUGGUGAAUACACACAGGCGGUGCUGACGAUGGCAGAGGAGCACUCAGACUUUGUGAUUGGGUUCAUCUGUGGCUCUAAGAUCACCAAGAGGCCGGAGAUCAUCCACAUGACCCCCGGGGUGCAGAUGCAGGCUGGAGGUGACGGGUUGGGUCAACAGUACGCCACCCCAGAGGAAGUCCUCUGCAACAAAGGCUCUGAUGUCAUCAUCGUCGGUCGGGGUAUCCUGGAGGCCCCCGAUAGGCUGAAAGCUGCUGAGUCGUACAGAAAGGCAGGCUGGGAGGCUUACACAAAGAGACUGGGCCAGAGCGGCCAAUAGGAGCUCAGGACUGGCAUCCGCAUCGUUACGUCUAAUUAUUAAUUACUAUUAAUAUGUUUCUAUGUAUACAACUAUGUGCACACCAGUGUGCACAUAGUUGUAUACAUAGAAACAUAUGUAGACAUUUGCAGGAGGUACCUGGCAGGUGUAGGGAACCAGACACUGAUUCUGUCCUAUUAAUAAGAUGCUUCUGAUUCCCUCCUAUAAACUGCACAUAUUGAUUUUCACAAAUCAACACAUUUGGGGAAAAUGUUUCAGUAUUUCUUUUAUGAUGAUGAAUUCCUCCUGUCCAGGUCAAACCAUGCAGAGUUGGAGAUGCGAUGUGGAUUACCUAGAAUAGCUGGGUUUUUUUUAAUGAGUUGGCUGCUAAAGUCCACUGAGGAUUUGUUUGUUAAAGCAGGAUUACGAGGUGUUUCUCAUUCCCUUCUCAAAGACUCAUGCUUCCAGUCAGGCUGAAGCUUUUCUGUCGCCACAAGACCACCAUUCAUCUGUAUGCUUUCAUAUAAUUGCUGAAAUACUACACCAAGAUUUGUAGUACAAAUAAGAGUGGGUACGGCUGAAACUUUUUAAUGGUUGUAUAAUAUCUAGGCUGUAAUUCAGGGAAUUUUCCAGCAGUAAAUCUAAGGUCUUAGUGUUGAACUCCAUCUUCACAAAGUGUUAAGUUGAUUUUAAACCUGUUUGUACAGUUACUUUGUUUCAUAGCAAAGGGAACAGCUUGGCCAGUCAUAAUUUAGCAAUGGCCGCUGGGUUUCAGAUCAUGUUUUGACCGUGGUCCUGACUUGACUAUGCUUUCUUAAAGGGAACACUUUAUGUAAUGAAUUUCAUAGGUCAACUACAAAAUGAUGGCUUUCGAUUUGCCUGAUUGAUUUCAACGUCCGAAAGAGAAUGCGACAAAAAACUGUGGACCGUUUGAGUGUUCGGCCUGCUUGAUAUUUAUUUUUCAACCUUUUCUCAACAGCUGCAGUUGUUUGAUUAUUAGGUAGGAUGAUCAGUGUGUAGCCCCUCAGAUGGUUUUAAUAAUUUAAAGGGAAUACUAAAUGCAGCCGGGUUAGACGUCACAUCUGUCUUAAGUCCAAUGUCUUCCGUCCACAUUGCUUAACUCAAAAUAACAAAUACUGAGGUGAGAGAUAUAAUUUCAGUUAUGAUGUGACACGAUCAGUGAUACCAGUUGUUCUCCUUCGUCAGGUUUGUUAAGACAAAGAGAAAAUUGCCUUCAGUCUCUGACACCUCCCUCUAAAAGUAAACAGAUUCUUUGUAGUCGGUUUGUCCUGGAGCCAUGACAGUUGUGCUGUUAGUACUACAGUAGGCCUACAUGCAAUGAAAUGGCUUCAUGGUAUUCCUGAUGUAUUCUCAUACUUGGUUUAAGUUUCUAAUCCAACAGAGACUUUGUUUGGCUUUUCCCCUCCAUGACUAAAAGAAGAAAUGCAAUGUCUUUUUUGUAAGGUGAAUACUUCAAUAAAUCCUGUGUUGAAAAACUA